AAAGCCAACUCACAACGCGUCAUUUAAAAAUGGCGAUUUGAAACCCUCGAAGCUCGCCCACAGUCUAAGUCAGUAGUCUAAAAAUUCCGCUCCGACUGCCGCUAUGUAUUAUAAACAAGAUUGAGUUAAUUACCGUUAUUAGUCAGUAGUUUGUUAAAUAAAUUUAAAAAUGGGAUCAAAUAAAGUAACCUUCGGUACAUUAAUAUCAAUAGUAAUAAUAAUUAUCGGUAUUUACUACCGCAAUAGCGAUCAAGAGUUAAGAACACGACUGACUCACGUCCUAAAUGGUCUCGAGCACUUGGAGACCAAACAUGAGAUCGCAGUGAGACCCAAAAUAGCAGUGGGCUAUGGUGCCUGUGCAGAUGUGUUCAUUGACGCAAAAUAUCUGCUAAAUUAUUCGCCGAAGAUCGGAGCUCCUGAGCACUAUGACGAGAUCAAUAGCAGAGACGAGUUGCUAAAAAGUUUCGCGUAUUAUUUCCGUCAUGGUGCAGCCGCUGAACGCUACAUGAGGAAUGAAGAAUUGUUCGACAAACUGGUCGAGCGGGCCCGGUCAUUCGACUCUUCUUACUCAGCGAUCGGGGGAAACGCUCCGGUGAUGGCGAUGAGGUUCGCGAAAGAAGGCUGCGAGGUCCUGCUGGCGGCCAAGAUGACGAGGAACUUGAAGCUGAUGAUUCCGGAUAACAUUGAAGUGGUCGGGGGCGAGGUUGAAAAGGACGACGUUCACUUGAUUCUGGAGUACAAACGCGGGGAACGAUGGGGUCCUUACACCAGUGCGAGAGCCAAUAGGUACAUCAUUCACAACGACAAUAACAAUCCGACAGUGAGCUCCUUGGAGGAGUUUGACAAAGCGCUGCCGGAGUUCAAACCGGAUUUGCUGGUCGUCAGUGGCCUGCAGAUGAUGGACAAUUAUCCUUUUGCUGAUGGAGUAAGACGCAGCAGAUUAGAAAAAAUAAAACAACAAAUGCUAGAUCAGUUGCCGACAACGAGAAUCCACUUUGAAAUGGCGUCAUUCGUUGAGAGAAAUUUAGUCAGCGACUUGGAAAGUAUGAUACUGCCAUAUGCCGACAGUUUGGGAAUGAACGAGCAAGAAAUCGCAAAUCUACACAACUCGAUGUACUACGGGAAUAUUUCGCUGGUCGCGGACUCGUCACCGCGGGUCGCGACGAUAUUGGAUUACAUGCGAGUUCUCUUUAAGCUGGUGAGAAUAAGGGGCAGGGAAAUCGAGGGAGCACGUGAGCUCACGAGAAUUCAUGUUCACACGCUGGCUUACCAGGCUAUUAUGACGGUCAAAAAUUCCCCGUGGAAAAAUACGAUGGCCGCGGCUGCUAAGGCUUCGCUUGUAGCCCAUCGUCAUGUUUGCGGCACCAGUAAUAUCGACGUAAAGAAAGCGACUUUGAUAAUGGACGACAGUUUUUCCACAUCAAAAGUGUCGGGAAAGCGGAUUCCUCUGGACAUCGAGAAGCCGGUCUCAUGUUGGGACGAAAUUUUAAAGACCAGUACCCAAGAUUACGCGGUGGAAGUCUGCGUCGCGCCUGUUUUGGUCUGCACCGAAGCUAGUCAGACUGCCGGUGGAGGCGAUAAUAUUUCCAGCGCCGGUCUAGUUCUACAGAUUUAAUUAACUGACGAGUAAUUACUGAGUACUGAGAUAUCUGCCACUCAAAGAAAUGUGUUGAAUUUUACAUUUAUUAUAUUAUAUAUAAAUAUAUAUAUACACGUAUAUAUAUUUUAAUUCCAAGUAGACAUUGCAUUCCUAACUUAAUUAGUUACAGUCACUGCAAUUAUCUAAUUAAUUAAUAGUCAUUUUUUUCUGUGUACAAAAAAUUGUAAUUUUUUAUACCAACGAUUAUUUCAUUCCACUUUUAUUAAAUGUUCCGCGUAAUUAAUUGAUUAUUAAUUUAAUUAAUUAAUUAGUAAAAAAAAUUCCAUAUGAUUUUGUGUUAAAAAAAAUGAGUGCCAUGAAAAUAAUUAGUAUUUAAAUGCUAGUAAUUACUGUUUAAUUUGCCGACACGAUGAUUUAAUUAAUCAAUUUUUAAUGAUUGUUAUUGUCAAUUAAAUGUAUGUGAUAUAUAAAAAAUAUUGCGAAUAUACUUUCGUUGUAAUUUGCUCAUAUUUUAUUUGCUUUCUACGAUAAAUUAUUGAGUGCGUUAUUAAAAGGGGAUUAAAUUUAUAAAUACAAUUUAUAUUACGAAUUCAAUGAAUUUUAUGGAUUUGUUGAUUAGAUGCUAUUGGGUUUGAUUGUAAUUGAGUGUUUUAAUAAAUUAGCAUGCCUAAAUUUAAAUGUUGAUGUUAAGUAUUUAUGUAAUAAUAAAUUUAAAUAAUUAUGAACAGAAAUAAAAAAAAAAUGUU